CCCUGGGGGCGGGGCCAGGAGCUCUGAGGAGGACCCGUCAGCAGCGGGUUGUUAGAGGAGUCCCCAGGAUGGAGCAAGAUGGACAGGUUUGGGUUUGAAGGAUCGAGUCCUCUCAUAAAGACCCGUGUGACUGACCGCGGAGAGCAUUUCUUCCUCUAUUCGGUGGACCUCCAGCCCGCGGAUACCUGGUGGAGACCCUGGUGCCCCGGCUCUUUGUCGUUACCAGACCCGCUGGACCAGCAGCUAGCCUCCUAGUGCUAACUGUUAGCUCGCUAGGAUCCGAAUCACUCAGUGGCUCAUCAGAAUAAAACUGUUAAGAUUAAUAUUCUAUCGGGAUAUUAAUUUAGAGCUGUCGGUUACCGCAGUACCUCCACUGGGUGUUAUUUAGUGUAAACCCACACGUAGCCUCGGCUAGGCUAGGUGGUGCUCACCUGUGCUAUGCUAGCUAGCUUGUUGUUCAUCCAGCAGCCCAGAGCCGCUCUGCGUGUUGUUUUGAUCAUGAACGCCAGGCGCAGUGUCCCUGGUCGGGUCUACAGAGGCGGUGAGCUCGGUUUUAGUCCGGGUGUCGGUGGGACUACACACUGUAGUGCGCUCAUAGGUUUGAUAAGCCCCAGUUCGUAAACACAGUGACCCACACGGCUUCAGUCCGCCUCUCUCCACUGGACCGGGUCCGAACUCAGCGAGUGGAACUGGAACCUACACACGACAAGACCUACCCAGAGUCCGCCGAGUCGGGACAUCCCGGGACAAAGGGCUCUUCAAACGGUUCCCGAUCGGCCGGGGAGGCGAUGGGCAGCCAGGGUAGCCCGGUGAAGAGCUACGACUACCUUCUGAAGUUCCUUCUGGUCGGUGACAGCGACGUGGGCAAGGGGGAGAUCCUCGACAGCCUCCAGGACGGGUCCGCGGAGUCUCCCUACGCCUACAGCAGCGGCAUCGACUACAAGACCACCACCAUCCUCCUGGAUGGCAGAAGGGUCAAACUAGAACUCUGGGACACCUCGGGACAGGGACGAUUCUGCACCAUCUUCCGGUCGUACUCCCGCGGGGCUCAGGGGAUCCUGCUGGUUUACGACAUCACAAAUCGAUGGUCAUUUGACGGAAUUGACCGGUGGAUCACAGAAAUAGACGAGCAUGCACCAGGGGUCCCCCGGAUCCUGGUGGGGAACCGGCUCCACCUGGCCUUCAAGCGGCAGGUGCCCACAGAGCAGGCCCGCGCCUACGCCGAGAAGAACGGUAUGACCUUCUUCGAGGUCAGCCCUCUGUGCAACUUCAACGUCAUCGAGUCGUUCACCGAGCUGUCCCGGAUCGUCCUCAUGAGGCACGGCAUGGAGAAGUUCUGGAGGCCCAACCGAGUCUUCACUCUGCAGGACCUGUGCUGCCGGGCCAUCGUCUCCUGCACUCCGGUCCACCUCAUCGACAAGCUGCCGCUGCCGGUGGCCAUCAAGUCCCACCUGAAGUCGUUCUCCAUGGCCAACGGGAUGAACGCCGUCAUGAUGCACGGACGCUCGUACUCGCUGGCCAGCGGCCCCGCCGGCUCCAAGGGCAACAGCCUGAAGAGGAACAAGGCCGUCCGGCCCCCCCAGAGCCCCCCCCAGAGCUGCACCCGCAGCAACUGCAAGAUCUCCUAGUGGGGGGGGGAGGGGCCUGAGGAGAGGGGGAGGGGCCUGCGAAGAGGGGAGUGCACCAGUCAGAGCAGAGCCGCAUGGGAGGGGGAUCCAGAGAAGGAUCUGGACCCCAGGCGGACUCUCUCCUGUGGGGUCCCGGGACGGGAGCUCCCCUGGACUGGAUCCUGGAGCCAGGUUUUGAAUGCUUUUUACGCCCCGUCCAGAGACGUGUUGAACACUAACACUGAACGCUGCCGCACCCUCACUUUGUUUAUUUAUUGAUUGUACAGAUUUGAGAACGGUUGUCAUGAUGAAUGAUUUUCCAUAAUAAAACAAUGCUCUCCAUGGA